AUGGAAGAAAAAUUGGGAGAACAAAUGACUAUCGGCCAAGACCUGUGCAAAAUAUUAUCUUCACUCAAGAAAGACGGGUCCGCACGCAAAACAGAGGAAUACUUCAAGAAAAAAUCCAUGAUGGCCGCAGAUCUACUGAACAAAUUCCAAGAAAAUCAUAACGAACUCCGGAAAUCCCUUGAUGAAGAGCAUUCCUACUUCAAACAAGAUUUACAUAGUCAGAUAUCCAAAUGCUACCAAGAAAUCAAGAACUAUAUCAAUACAUGGCAGAAGUCCUCUCCGAUGUCAGAAGAAGUCAACUACCACCACCCUUCCAUCCUUCAAAUUCAAAUAAAAUUGGAUUUAUUCAAAAGGGAAAUGGAAAGGGCCCAAGCAAAAAUACAGUGCCAACUACAUCCCAAAAUAUACAACUUCCUCGAAGCAAACCUAACCAGGAUCUGGCGGGACAUAGAAGCACUCUAUGAACAGAUGCUAGCUAUCAAUGAAGAAGAAGUAAUCAAAUACAAGAAAACCGGAAUCUUCGAAAAAUUUAGAACCAAAUAUGAGGAAAUCAUAGAAGAAAUAAUCACUGCUUCUCCGACUGAUACUAAACAGUUCCAAAACAAAAACAUUUCCAUAAAUUUACCACGGAUCAGCAUCCCUAUCUUCACUGGUGACUACGAGACCUGGAUCACAUUCCGAGAUAUAUUCAUUCAAACCAUACACCAAAACCAUGAACUAGGGGACGCUGAAAAAAUGCAAUACCUGAAGAGCCAAACCAGGGGUGAAGCAGCGAAGCUCAUUCAACAUUUAGAAGUAUCAUCAAGAAACUACCCUAUCGCCUGGGAAUUGAUAAAGAGGAGGUACAACAACAACAGACUUCUCUUCAGCAAGUACGCCGACAACAUCUUGAAUCUACCAAUUUUGCAACAAGAGUCGGCAGCAUCCAUUAAAAAACUUCACGACACUGUUCAAGAAAAUCUGAGAGCCAUAGAAAAUAUGGGAAUCACAGCCGAACAAUUGGGUAGCAACAUAAUAGCGCAUAUGCUGCUAAAGAAAUUAGACAGCGAUUCAAGAAGGCUCUAUGAACAAUCUACCACAACACACAAGGAUAUUCAAGAACUGGCAGAUCUUUUGGAGUUUCUAGAAAAUCGAUUCCAAUCCCUCGAAGCACUUCGAGGCACAAUUAAAAAAUCAGAUCAUCCAUCAACAGGACAAAGACAUAAAUUUCAAAACUACCACACCGACUUACAAUCAUGCAGUUUAUGUGACAGCAACCAUGAAAUUUUCCGUUGCCAAAAAUUCAAGGAUAUGUCAGUAAAAGAACGAAACGAUUUUGUACGAAAACAACACCUCUGCAAGAAUUGUUUGAAGCAUCCGAGCAAUACGAAAUGCCCGAGCAAGAAUCUCUGCUUCAAAUGUAACAACUUUCAUCACUCAUCAUUGCAUUGGGAAAAUUAUCGGAACUUCAAAACAAAUUUAAAUCAGCAAGGACAGAAGCAAGAUACCUCCAAAAGUCAACGCACAAGAGAGCAUGCAAAUGGAUUCGAGUCCCAUCUAGGAAAAGCUUCAAAUAACAAUGAUGGACCAACCAUCCCCAUCCUGGCCACAGCAUUCGUUAAUGUUGAAAACAACAAAGGGUACCAUGAACUUAUGCGAGUUCUUAUUGAUCCAGGCUCCCAAGUAUCAUUUAUAACUGAAGGAGCCGCAAAUACCUUAGGAAUGCCCAAGCAAAGGCAUCAUGCGAACAUAACAGGGUUAGGAUCUUGCGACGCAGGGACUUCAAAAUGGAAAAUCCACACCGUGAUGAAACCAAGACUUUCAAGCGACUUCAAAUUACAAGCCGAGCUAUACAUCCUACCAAAAUUGACCAGCUCCAUGCCUCAACAAUCGAUAACUGCUGACGAAAAUUGGAACAACGUAAUCCUUGCCGACCCCACUUACUACAAACCCGGAAAAAUCGACAUUCUCCUAGGAAUCGACUUAUAUACGGAAAUCGUACAGGAUGGUGUUAAAAAAUCUAAAAAUGGUCUGCUUGCACAAAACACUGAGUUAGGAUGGAUUCUCUCCGGUAGCACAUCAGCUGGUCCACAACUCCAAAUAACCAGUAUGAUCGCCACCACUGCACCGGAAAUACAGAUAACAAAAUUCUGGGAAAUAGAAGAAGCAGAUACCCUCACAAACAACAACAGCCAGGAAAGUCCCUGCCAAGAAUUCUUCAAGAAAACUUACACAAGAAAUCAGGAUGGCACAUAUACUGUACGACUGCCAUUCAAGGAGAAGGAACAAUUGCUAGGACAAUCAAGAAAAACCGCCAUCGCUCGACUUUUGCAGAUAGAGAAGAAGUUCGAAAAGGACGAGAAAUUGGAAGCAAUGUACAAAGAAUUCAUGUGGGAAUAUAUCGAACUAAAACACAUGACUCCAGCAAAUCAGACGACCAGCACAAGAUACUACAUUCCGCAUCAAGCAGUAAUAAAAGAGGACAGAGAAACAACAAAACUGCGUGUCGUAUUCGACGCGAGCCAGAAGACCAGUACCGGAAUCAGUUUAAAUGAUAUAUUACACACUGGUCCCAAGCUUCAACAAGACUUGAUUGAUAUAUUAUUGAGAUGGCGAAAAUACGAAAUCGCGUUGACUGCAGAUGUGGAAAAAAUGUACAGGCAGGUCAAACUACAUGAAGAUGAUCAAACAUUCCACACUAUUUUAUGGAGGUUCAACAAAAAUGACCCAAUCCAGGAAUAUCAACUCACGACAGUCACCUACGGAACCGCUCCCGCUGCCUACCUUGCUAUAAGAACCAUGCACCAAUUAGCCAUGGAUGAAUGCGACAAAUUCCCGAGAGCUGCGGAACUGAUACUUGAAGAUUUCUACGUCGAUGAUUUUCUCUCCGGCGCCCACAAUAAAGAAGAGGCACAAAAAAUCAGACAAGAAGUUAAAACGCUACUUCUCAAGGGAGGAUUCAACAUUCGAAAAUGGAAAAGCAAUCUCACAUUAAAUGAUGAUACGUCCUUUCAAGAUUUCAACAGCAGAGAGGACAUAACCAAAAUUCUGGGAAUUAAAUGGUCACCACAAAAUGAUAACUUCCAAUACACUAUUAAACAAACUUCCAAUCGAACAAACACAAAAAGACAAGUGCUAUCUGAAAUUGCUUCAAUAUUCGAUCCAUUAGGUCUCAUGGCUCCAAUUGUAAUCAAGGCGAAAAUAAUUAUGCAAGACAUAUGGAAAACUGGUAAAAAAUGGGAUGAAGCUAUUCCUACAGAAAUCCAAACAGCAUGGGACAAAUUCAAAGAAGAACUGCCAAUAAUAGAAAACCUGCAACUACCACGAUGGUUCCAGUAUAAUCCAGAGCAGCCCAUUGAACUACACGGAUUCUGUGAUGCAUCGCAAAGAGCCUAUGGAGCAGCAAUAUACACCAAAGCAGUCGUGAAGGACAAAACCCAGACAACAUUGCUAGUAGCCAAAACAAAAGUUGCACCUGUAAAAAACAAAUUAACUAUCCCGCAAUUGGAACUUUGUGCCGCAACAUUAUUGGCGAAACUGAUGAAACGAACAAUUACAGCCCUGAAGAUCGCCGACAUAAAUAUUUACACAUGGUCAGACUCAAAAGUUGUAUUAGCCUGGUUACAGAAAACUCCGAAUAAGCAAAACGUCUUCAUAGUCAACCGAGUCAACGAAGUUCAUCGCUUACUAGGUCAAGUUCAAUGGAACUACGUGAAAUCGGAGGAGAAUCCAGCUGAUUUACUAUCCAGAGGCGCGCUACCAAGUAAACUCCAGAAAAACACAUUAUGGUGGAAUGGACCUGCAUGGCUCAAAACAUCAAGUAGUGAAAUCAAGAGAACUGAAGGGAUUCCGAAAGAAAUCGUAAUGAAUAACGAAGAAUUUCAAGAACUAACGGUGUUUACCACCAAGACCAAUGGACCUCUAGAAUUGUUAACAAAAUUCUCAUCCUGGAAGAAGACAAAACGAGUGAUGGCCUAUUGCAAAAGGUUCAUAAACAAUUGCAGAUCCAGGAAUGCGACCGAGUUACCAAAAAAGCGAGCACCCCCAUUCAUCACACCGACCGAACUUCAAUGGGCGAAAACAACACUCAUAAAAUUGGUCCAGAAUGAACAUUUUCAAGAGGAAUUAACCCGAUUAAACAACAAUCUAACUAUCAAAAGGACUGAUCACCUUAAAAACUUGGACCCCUACAUAGACGAAGAGGGAGUGCUUCGUGUUGGAGGUAGACUACAAAACUCAUCUCUGAGCUUCAACCAAAGACACCCAAUAAUUCUACCAACAAAAUGCCAUCUGACUGACAUAAUUAUCCGAAACGCACACUACGAAACCCUGCAUGGAGGAACACAACUGACAUUAAGUCAAGUUAGACAAGAAUACUGGAUACCACAUGGAAAAAAUAAAAUCAAACACAUAAUAAGGAGUUGUGUUAUAUGCACUCGAUAUCGUUCCACUCCAUGUGUCCAGAAAAUGGGAAAUCUACCGAGAGAAAGAGUUAAUCCCUCCAACCCAUUCACUAAUGUUGGGAUAGACUAUGCCGGCCCGAUACAAAUGAGAUUAUCCAGAGGUAGAGGAUCCAAAUCCUUCAAGGGAUACAUCUCCAUUUUCGUCUGUCUCGCAACAAAGGCAAUACAUCUGGAAGCAGUAAGUGACCUUUCUACAGAAGCAUUCAUGGCUGCAUUCAGAAGAUUCACCUCGCGACGUGGGUUAUGCUCUGCAAUAUUCAGUGACAAUGGAACCAAUUUCAUCGGAGCUAAACGUAUACUUGACAAAGAAUAUCAAGAAGCCAUUAAUGAAAGUUCAAUAGAGAAGGCAUUAGCAGAAAAAUCGAUAAAAUGGCACCGCAUACCACCUGGCAGCCCUCAUUUCGGCGGACUAUGGGAAGCUGGCGUAAAAUCUACGAAGUUUCACCUACGAAGAAUUGUUGGAGACCACAAACUGACCUUUGAAGAAAUGAGUACACUCCUAUGUCAAAUAGAAGCAUGCCUCAACUCUCGCCCUCUUAUCCCAAUCACCGAAAAUCCACAAGAAUUAGAUGUGCUGACGCCUGGACAUUUUCUCAUAGGAAAAUCACUACAUUCAAUCCCUGAACCAGAGAUCAAUGAAAAGAAUAUCACCCUACAAGAUAGAUGGAGGCUUAUACAAAAAAUGAAACAAGACUUCUGGAAGAAAUGGACAUCGGAAUAUCUCUCCAGAUUGCAACAAAGAAGCAAAUGGACGAAUAGAAAAGAAAACAUGAAAAUAGGAGAUAUCGUACUAGUCAAACAGGACAACGUUAAUCCCAACUAUUGGCCCUUGGGAAGAGUGACGCAGUGUCACCCAGGAAACGACGGACUUGUGAGAGUGGCUACGAUACGAUGCAAAGAUGGGAAAGAGAUCAGAAGACCUAUAACCAAAAUCUGCAUACUCCCGGUCGAGCAAGAAGAAAGAAGAAACGAUAAGACUAACAAAGUCGGACCUUCCUCGAAAAAUAAAGAAUUCCAGACGAGAGACCAACUCCGGACGUCAGCUCCCAUUCAUGACCAUGCCCAAUAA